CACUUCGGCGAUAAAGAGGUCUUGUCAGGCCAGGUGAAAACAUCGAUCGUAGGAAUAAUAAUAUGUAUGUGUCAAGGAGGGGUGUCGCUAAAUAAAUCUCGGUGAAUCGUGUUUAAAAAUGCAAUCGCUUUAAAAAGAGAAGGCUUGGAAUGGGAAUUGAGGCAGAUUUUACAUUAUAUAAAGAGGGGGAAACGAGCUCCCGGAACUCUUUAUAUUCCCAUGAUCCACCGCUUAGGCACCUACGGAAGCUCCAAUGUUUAAUCAGCGGAGUAGACUAUCUUGUGCAUAGAAGAGCUUUGACAACACUGACAAGAUCUGCAGGCAGAUAAGCUGGCUGGUAUGGCCUUUUAAAGAAACCCCUGAGAUGUUGGGCUGGGGAGACUAAAAUUAAAGAAAUUUUCCAGUGGCAAUUGCAACACCCACACACAGUUUGUGUUUGCCAGAGCCUGGAAGAAAACCUCAAAAAAAAAAAAAAAAAAAAGAAAGUGGAUGAACAUUCAUCAUCUCAACAUUCACAGUGCGACAGGAUUGUUGUCCAGCUCCAUCUUGCAACUAAAACUGGAAAGUGUGUGGGAACAGAUCCAAAUUUUGUUUUGUUGGGCCUUAUCCACCUUUGCAUGAAAAGACUGUUGUCAUUAUUAUGAAACAUGGACCAAAGUGCAGUUGACAGUUCAGUGACCUUAGUCAUCAAGGCUCCAAACCAAAAAUACGAUGAUCAGACAAUAAAGUGUUUUUUGAACUGGACAGUUGAAAAAUUGAAAACGCACCUUUCAGAUGUGUAUCCAAGCAAGCCGGCGUCAAAGGAUCAAAGACUAGUCUAUUCUGGCAGACUUCUUCUGGACCAUCUUCAGUUGAGAGAUGUCUUCAGAAGGCAUGAUGAGUAUCACAUGGUUCACUUAGUGUGUGCCUCGCGGACCCCACCUGGAUCACCAGAGCAUGGUGGCAGUAACAUGAAAACGAUGGCACCAGCAUCUCUCGGCCCAACAAACUUGGAAUCGGGAACGCAUACUCCUGCUUCAUCUCAAACCCAAGAAACGUUGCCAGUGUCUGCAAGUACAAAUACAGAGGGUCUGAGGCAUCGGAAUAGUCAGCAGCAGCAAACCAACCCUGAGCUGAGUGAUGCGUCUCCAGACUUUAUGCAAGGACAUCUGGGUAACCCAGUUCCCAUGCAGCAUGGCAUUCCUGCUGGGCUUCCCAUGUACCCUUUAUACAGUCCAAUACAAAUGUUGUGGUGGCAGCAAAUGUAUGCACGCCAUUACUACAUGCAGUUCCGAGCAGCAGCAGCAGCAGCAUCGUCCCAGGGAUCAGAUUCUGUUCUGCCGUCUCUCCCUCCUUCCUCCCAGUCCACCGAUCCUCCACCUCAGAACGAGCCCCCGGUUGUGCCCCACGCAGCUGUGCCGGAGAACAGGCCUGUGAACCAGAACAUCCAGAUGAACGCUCAGGGCGGCCCAGUGAUCAACGAUGACGAUCUGAACCGGGACUGGUUAGACUGGAUGUAUACCUUCUCCCGAGUUGCCAUUCUUCUGAGCAUCGUAUACUUCUACUCCUCGUUUAGCCGCUUUGUCAUGGUGAUAGGGGCCAUGCUGCUAGUUUACUUGCACCAGGCUGGCUGGUUUCCAUUUCACCCAGAUGUGCAGAACCAGCCCGGGGAAGUCAACCAGGACGACCAGGAGGCCGAACACAAUCAGGAGAUGCUGGAAAUGGAGCGGCUCAUGGACGAUGGACUAGAUGAAGACAGUGGGGACGACACAGUGGAAGGCCCCGAUAUGACCCCGCAUACUGGAUGUCUGGCCACAGUAUGCUCCUUCAUCACUACUUUUUUCACCUCCCUCAUCCCUGAAGGGCCACCCCAUGCUGCCAAUUAGAUGCAGCAAGGCCUGAAAGCAGCUUCACAGUUUACAAGUUGCAUUAUGUUGCACUCAUGCUUCUGACGAAGUGGCAUUAAGUGUGUUCAUGGAUUCAGAAAAGCAAGGCACUUCUGCUUAGGUUUUUAUCUCCCUCCUUAUCUGUGAAACUUCUCUUUCGAUCAUGACACACAAAAUGUUUGUAUGAUGGGAAAAAAUAAGCUUUGCUGUCUUCUAUUUUUGACUUUUGAAAUGGCAUGUGUUACCAAUGUUUUUGCUUUCAGUAUUAAAGGGAGAAAAAGUGAUGGCUGUAUAUGUGAACAGCUGUAUAUAUCGCACUGCAUCUCUGUAAAAUUAUCUUGUUCCAAGUAACCUUUUUAUAUAUACAUCCAACAAUAAUAAUAAAAAUAAAAAAUAAAAACUUUGCAAUAGAUUGAUGAAGGAUGUAGGUGUUGAAUAUUUCAAGCUUCAGUUUAAUAACACUGGUUCAAACACUGCCAGGUGAACUUUUGUGUCUUCAAAUGCUUUCCAGCUUAUAAAUCGUACAAAGUUAACUGACCUCCUAGAAUAUUUGGGAAUUUUGUAUUUAUAUUUCAAAUCUUAAAAACUCCUACUCCUACUAUGAAGAGGAAAAAUGUAUAAUAGAAAGCUCAGUAAAAUAAUCAAGACUGUGAAUGAUUUAUAAUCACAUUUAGUUGUAUCAUACAUGUUGUAGUAUACAAUUCAAACGAUACAAUAAAACAAUGCUUUGGGGGGC